UGCUAAAUGUCACAGUAUAAAACCUGACCUCCUGUCACUGCCAAAGAUGACGGACCUCACAGAAGUCACCGUUGAAGAGGCGCCGUCCGAAAUGUAUAAGACGGUAUUCUGCAACCCUGCAUUUGAGCCAGAGAAUGAGCGUGAGGAGGUCAGGGAAGGGGUAAAAACCCUCAACACCACCGAGCCAAAACGGACACCAGCCAGUCGCAGUGUGCAAAGUAUGUGUGCGGUGUGGCUGGGGGGGCCCUGGUGUGGCUGGGGGGCCAUAGUGGUGUCUGUGUCAGUGCUGCUGCUGGUAGCAGCACUGGGCUUGGCCCUGGUGCUCAUCUUCACACAAUUAAAAGAAGAACAAACUCAGGAAAGGGGGAUAGUGACCCCCUUAGAUUCAUGGAGUGGUGGUUUACCCCAGGGUUUACCUCCAAGCCCCUCAGACUCUAGUCCUUCCCACAGCACUGCUGCCUCACAACCAACAGGAGGUGCUACUGGUACAAGGAAGUGUGGGGGUGUCCUGGACGAGUCCGAUGGGACGUUCAGCUCCCCAAACCACCCCGCCCCCUACCCCCCAGACUCCCUGUGCGUGUGGGUGAUCCAGGUGCACCCUCCUGCCCUAGUCCAGUUGCGUGUUUCCUCCCUGGCCAUUGAGGGACCCUCCCCCUGCCUCUUCGAUUGGUUGGAGCUCCGAGAGGAGCAUGAGGAGACCACGACAGUCACCAGGUUCUGUGGCAACGUGGCACCCCCUACAGUCAAUACCAACAGCAGCACGGUGUGGGUGACCUUCCGCUCGGACAGCAGCAUCGGAGGAAACGGAUUCUCUGCACAGUACCAGGCCGUCCUGCCCCUGCAGAAGAGCUGCUCCCGAGAUGAGUUUCUGUGUGAUGGCGGGCGCUGUUUACUUCCUGUAUCAGUGUGUGAUGGCCGAUCCAACUGCCAGGAUCAAAGUGACGAGGCCAAUUGCAGUCAGAAACACAAAGAGUGUGGGGGACAAAAAACCGGACCAGAGGGCUCUCUCUCCAGUCCAAACCACCCCAAGCCUUACCCUCACCAACAGAUGUGUACGUGGAGGAUAUCCGUGGCUGAGGGUCACGUGAUCCAGCUUAGCUUCCGCAACUUCAGCCUGGAGACGCAGGAGGUGUGUGAGUUUGACUACGUGGAGGUGCACGACAGCACAGACAUGGCGGACAGAAGUGUGCUGGGCAGGUACUGCGGCACCAACCUGCCCCCUGAACUCACCUCCUCUGGGCCCGUCAUGACUGUGCUGUUCGUGGCGGACGAGGGUGUGGCGGACAGCGGCUUCUAUGCCACCUACCGAGCCAUCGCCCUCUCUGAGAGAACCUGCAGCCCUGCGCAGUUCGCCUGCGGCAGUGGUGAGUGUCUGCACCAGGAGUGGCUUUGUGACGGAUGGACGGACUGCGCAGACGGCACAGACGAGCAGGGCUGUGGAAACGCCACCUACCCGCCUUUCACCUCCUCCUGCGAGCUGAUCCAGGUGGAGAUGUGCCAGGGCCUGAGCUACAACCUCACCUCCUUCCCAAACAUCUGGCUGUCUAUCUCUGACCAGAGGGAGGCUGCCGAGGUGCUCCGGCAGUAUAGGGUGCUGACAGAGCUGCCGUGCUUCCAGGCCCUGCGCAGGCUGGUGUGUGGGAUGUUUGUGCCCCUGUGCAACCCACAGGGCGGGGUGCUGCAGCCGUGCCGGUCUGUGUGCGUUUCCGCGGAGCAGCAGUGCGGCCAGGCUCUCAACAUGCUCAGCCUCAGCUGGCCCUUCAACUGCCACCUCUUACCUGACUCCCAGGACCCUGUGGAGUGUGCUCUUCCUUAGCCCCCUCCUGCCACCUCUUACCUGACUCCCAGGACCCUGUGGAGUGUGCUCUUCCUUAGCCCCCUCCUGCCACCUCUUACCUGACUCCCAGGACCCUGUGGAGUGUGCUCUUCCUUAGCCCCCUCCUGCCACCUCUUACCUGACUCCCAGGACCCUGUGGAGUGUGCUCUUCCUUAGCCCCACCUGCCGCUGGCUCCACCCACAGUGGCCACAUCCCCUCCCCUCUGGCUCCACCCCUCCAUCCCUUC